CGCACACGCGAGACGCAGGAAGCGAGCGGAAGGCGAGGCUUCGUGAAGAGGUACAACACAAGGACUAAACGCCGCGCUUUCGAGGCGAAGGCGAAGGACGCACGAGCGCGGACGCGGCGGUUUCCGGAGCCCUCCGUCGACGUCGUCAUUCGUCAACUUGCUGUUCGUCGCGGGUGAGAAGCGUAGGAUUUUACCGCGAGACGCGUCGUCCGGUUCGCGCGGAGAAAGCGAGGCAACGCACGGGAUGACCGCGGACGCCUCCGCGCGCGCGCAGGCGGAGACCUCCCCGUCCACUGGCGGGGCAGGAGAUUUCACCGGGGCGAAGACGAAAGGGAAGCGAUCGAAGCUCAGCCAGAGGAAACCCAACUCCGCGGCGACGUCCGGGGAUGCGACUCUGAAAGGGAGCAGCCGGGGCGGGCUGACGAUCAACACGCAUCCGUCCGGGCUCUCGCAGCCGACGCCAGUGAACAACGGCGGCGGCAUGGUGGGGGGGUACGAUACGAUGGGGAUGCACGGCAUGGGCGGAUUAGGGUCGGACCCGGCGUUGCUGCAGCAAGGAUCGCCGACGCUGCUGUCCGCGCUGAAAGGAAGCUCGCUCAGGGGAACGUACGGGCAAGAUUACUCGCAGGCGUUCAAGGAGGACGACAUGUCGGCGCUGCUGGACUUUAAAAACCCGAGCAGCCGGCUGUCGCUGAACACUUUAGCGGUGGAUAACAGCGACCUUGGCGGCGAGGACGAGCUGACCGAAGCUCUCUGGAGCUCGUUCCCGGGGGGCGUGGACUCGCUGCUGCAGAGCAGGUCGACGCCGUACGAUCGUUCGUACGACAUGGGCGGCCCGAGCGGACAGGCGGGCCCGAGUGGGAACGGCGUCGGCGACGGCGGGGACAUGUCCGGGAUGUAUUUUUUCGCGAACAACGGUCAGGGCGGCGGGGGCGCGUCCUACAACUCGUCUUCGUACAUCGACGCGUAUGGAGGCGGCGGCGGCGGGCGGAACAACGUGCACGGACAGAUGCACAUGAUGCGAGGCGGAAACAGCGGCGUCGGACAAGGUCACGGAGGGAUGCAUCACAUGCAGAUGCCGCCGAUGCAUCCGAACGGAGUGAUGGGGUUCAGCAACCCGCAGCAAAAUCAGUUGCCGAACCAGAUGCAGUACUACGACCAGAGCGGGCAAGACGCCUACGUUCAGAUGCCGUACCAGCAGCAGAUGCAGGGGCAGUCGCAGAUGCAGGGGGGGAUGAUGGUUCAGCCAAACUAUCAGUUCGCGCAGCCGCAGAUGGUGCACGUGCCCUCUAACGGCGCGUUGCAGCCGCAGCAGGGCGGCGACGGGAACGGCAAGACGCCGGCGAAGGGCAAGCGCGCUUCGAAAUCGCAAAAGGGCGGGGAGAAGGCGAAGAAGAAGGCGAAGAAAGGAAGCGAACAGCAAAAACAGAAGGCUGAUCUGAUGCAGCAGAACAUGAUGCACAAUCAGAUGGUUCCCAACGCGCAGUAUGGUGCGCCGCAGCAGAUGCAGCCGAUGGGGAACAACCAGCCCGGGAUGUAUCCGCUGAACAGCGCGCAGAUGAACGGCGGCGGGAUGAUGAUCCUCCCUCCUGGAUCGCGCAUGUACUCGGGGACCAGCUCCAUGUCCACGAACACGAACGGGAACGGUACCGCGCUCGGCGGCGGCGGCAACGGGCUCGCGCCGCAGUACUUCAUGAACCAGAUGAACAACGGGGCGCCGCCGGGACUGUUGUCCGCGGAAGAGGGUGGGUUAGAUCAGCUCGAGGGCAUCGUCUCCAAGCUCGACAAGUCGACGAUGAACAACAUCAAGGAGAGUCUGUACCGGAUGGCUCGCACCGCGCGGACCAGGGGUGGGAGGGGAGGCGACGCCGCGUCGCAUGGGCAGCAUCCGCCGGUUGACAAGGCGCAGAGCCUCGUCGAUCGGUGUGUCGCGAACUUGCUGUAUCACCGGUACACGGAUUCUCCGAUGGUUCAAGGAAACGAUUCGAGGCAGGAGAACAACGCGAAUGGGAACGGAAUGGGCAUGCAAGAAGCCGGAAUGGGCUCGCGUAAAAUGAGCGGCGGCAGCAUGAACGUCGUCAUCCAAGGUCGACACGGGUCCGCGUGAUUCUGAACCCAAAAUAAAUACAUAGACGUUGAAAAAAAGCGUAUUCAUUCUUUUACU